GUGACCUUAAUCAUCAAAAUUGCCCGAUAUGAGCAGGCGUAUGAAACGACUCUGUUGACAAAAUCUAUUCGUUCGCAAAUAGUGUAAAACGUGAAAAAGUUUAUCAGCCACUCCCUAGGGGACGUGACAAGUCCCCACCCCCACCCCACCCUUGGGAAGUGCGGUUUAUUGGCUUUGCUCGGGUGUGGUCGAGUCGCGUUUAGCUACCAGAAACAUGGCGUCGAGUGAAGAAGGUUCAACGCAUACACGGACAAUACAGAAGCGAGCGAAGAAAACGCAAGAUCAGGCCUGUCAGUUCGAUGCAUCUCUGUUAGAAGAAGAAAGGGGGACCUGUGAGGCUUGCAACCAAAUUUCAGGCUCUGCCAAUUGUCUUUCUCAACCUCAUGUUAUCCAGCUUGACCCAGAGGGACACAUAGAAAGAACUACAGUUAUUCGAGUUGUUACUACAGAUGAUGAUGAAUAUAAGGUUACAGAAGCUUCUCCAGGAAGAUAUGGAGGAAGAUGUAAUGGCACAGAUAACACGCCAACAGUCAUUGUGUCUCCCGGGGAUCAUCUAAAAGAAUAUCUGAUAGAAGAUGAUAAUUAUGAAGACAGAACACACUCUCCUCCUGCAGUUCUUUUUGAUGAGACUGAACCAAACAUAAGCAAUGUGAAGGAGACUCGCAAAGCUGAUAAAACAGAUCAUAUGAAAAGAAGGAGAAUCCACAAAUGCGAUUAUGAAGGUUGCUCCAAAGUUUACACUAAAAGCUCGCAUCUCAAGGCUCACAGGCGAACCCACACUGGAGAGAAACCCUACAAAUGUUCCUGGGAAGGCUGCGCAUGGCGCUUUGCUCGCUCAGAUGAACUUACAAGACACUACAGAAAACAUACUGGUGCAAAGCCAUUCAAAUGUUCACACUGUGACAGGUGCUUUUCAAGAUCAGAUCACUUGUCACUUCACAUGAAGCGCCACUGAAUUAGUGUGCAAAAAGAGUCUGUGGGGUAUGACAUUUAAGGAGCAAACACUAUUGGAAAGCCAGCCUAUUUUGUAGAAGAUAGCUUGUUCUUCCUGGAGUCAUUUGGAAGAAGGAUGCAGUUGAUACCUCCAAUAUUUAGUUGAACUUUUGUCAUUGUGUACAGCUGGCAACUCAUGUCAAAUUUGUAAAUAGAGAAUUUUUCCUCAGUGAUACUAAGUGCUUCCUCCAGAUAUGGAACCCUGUGACACUAAUAGGAUGGUGACAAAGCUCAAGCAAUGAUGGAUUCUGCUUUUAGUUGCGUAAACCUGCAAGUCAUCCUUGUAUGGCUGUGUUAUUCUCACCAUAAAUUGGCAAUAAUGCUGGCAAAUUCAGGGUCAUCCUACAACAAACUUAUUUGGUGGCAUAUUGUGUGACUUUGGUCUGCUUUGUCAAACCAUUGAAGAAUUUGGUCAGUUCCCUACACCCAUCAAGAAAGCAAGCUGAAUGUCAUCUUUAGCUAGAUGGAUUGAUGGAGAGCUCAUUGUUACUGCACUUCAAUAUGCUUUCACAAAGAUCUUCAAAAGUCAUAUGCAUUUCUCCACUGUUUGUCUCAGAGCUAAAAGGGGCAUUCUUUCCUGCAAAGAAAUCUUUGGAAUCUAUGUUGUUUACAUAGGUAAUUACAAUCACUUUGUUUUUUUAUGAUCAAUCCUAGAUACUAAAAUAACCUUAAGUAUUACUACCAAUUAAUUCUAUUUAGUGGAAACAAUACCACCAUGGAAAAAUUAUGUAGAAAACAUCUUGUCACAAUGAAAACUUGAAGAUAACAUAGUCCACAUGAAGUUGGCAAAAUGUACAUAGUAAUUAUUAUGAAAUCUUAAAUUAUAAGUUUAGUUAUCUCUGUAACUAUUUUUUGUGUUAGGUUUAAGUCCACGUUGAAUUGAUAUUUUUCAACCAAUUUUAGAUUUAAACUUUUCUUUACAAAAAGUUUUUUCUUCAAGAUUUUUUUGAGGUACUCUCACAAAGAUCAGUGGACAGUGCUGUCUCAGUUAUAGAAUAAUUUAAAGAAUGUGUGUUUUUAUAUUACUCAUUCAUACACCAUCCGGUUAGAGGUAGUACUGUGUGGCAUGAAAGUUUUGAGGGUUUUAAUUUCAAUGAUUUUGCAAAUAGUCUUCUCUUUCCAAAAGAAAAAUUUCUCCAAAAGAAAAUCUUGUAGAAUAGAACCACACAAACCUUUUCAGCGUUCAGUCAAUUUAAGACUCUUUAAAAAAACUCCACACAAAUCAAUCAUCAUCAAUAUCCAUUCAUAGUAUGGGGCCAGGUCCAAUCACAAUACCCAUCUUAAAAACCAUUUGAAGCAAUUUCUUUUUGGCAAAUAUUACAUUCCUUCCUUGCUAUUGUAUUGGAGUUUGAGGUUAAAAUCACAAAGUUAGUUUCCUGCAGAAAUGAUAGUCAUUUCAAAUAAAAGGGAUGUAAUUUUGUUCCUUUUCCCACUAUCUCCUAUAUGCAAAAUACAUUCCAGCAAAGUUUUCACACGACAAGGGAGUUGACUGGAAAGGUUCGCAUGUUUCUUUUGAGGGAGGUGAUGAACAGGAAUAAUCAUACAUACAUACAUGUACACAAUUUAGCAGUGAUCUGUAAAGAAGGUUGAAACCUGGAAAAACUUCUGGACUUGCCAUCUUUCAUCAGUUGUUAGUUUGAGAAGUAACUUUGCAUUAGUUUGCUUAAGGUAAAGACAGGAGCGGUUACUGUUACUGUUAACUUCUUCCUUUCUGUGUGUGGCUGGCAAUGGUAGCUUAGAGUGUACUAAUGAUUCAGUGGUUAAGUAAUUUAGUCAGUGCAGGUUAAGGAAGAAGUUCUGCUCUGAAAGAAAUGAGAUCUCCUUCAUUCCUUGCAUUUUGAGGUUGAAGCACAUUUUUAUCUAAACUGCAAUAACUUCACUGUGGCUGGAUUAUUAUGUGCAAACAGGCUGAAGGGCUUCCACAAGAAAAGGUGUAAACCCUUCACUUAUCAACGUGAUUGUACUUCAAAAGUACUUGAAAAUAGGAAAGUGAAUGCAACAAUGUCAAGUCAUUCUGAGCUCAAAUGGAAUGCAUAACUUUCAAUAUGGCUAUAUGAUUAACAAAGAAUUCUCGGUGGUGUGUUCA